AUGCAGUCAUUUGAGGAAGUUGAUCCUUCUUUACUAGCGGCAUCCCAAGAUCCAACAUUCUCAGUCCCAUCUUUAAAUUCCAUUGCAAGCAAGCCACCUCCCAACAAAAAACAUACCCGCCGCACCAAAAAGCAGAUGGCCCUUGCCCGAGGCGAAGAUAUAACGAACAAUGAACAAACGGCUAGUCAAAAAAGACACAAAUCGAGUCAACGUCAAAGAGGUUCUCAAAAAAAAGGGACACAGUCAACCCAGAAGACUAUCACGGAGAACGAUAAUAAUCCCCAGUUCAUUCUCACCGACUACGAAAACAUUUGCUCUUACCUCGAGGAUGACGAAAAAUUCUCCGAGCUUUAUGGCGAUACCAAGACAAACGUGGGACCAAAGGUACUCACAAAGACCGCUGCCUUCAACAUCUUUGCAAUAUUUAUCAACGCACACAGCAACAAGCGUCUCAAUCUAACUGGUCGGCAACUUCAACAGCGAGUGAAUUACUACAUCCGAAAAAAGUACUUCCCAGCCAAGCAGUGGGAAAACCAGACUGGUGCAGGGAUCCUUGAGAUGGAUCCUCAUGCUUCGAUCGAUGAGGCUUUGGAAGCCAAGUGCCCUUGCUAUGCUAAGAUGGAUGCAAUCUUUGCCGAAUUCGACUCCAGCAAUCCCACCCCAACCGGUCCAAGCCAGAAAAACACUCAAGAACGUCUGGCCGAAUUUGACUCCAGCAAUCCCACCCCAACCGGUCCAAGAGAGAACAACACUCAAGACCGUGAAUCCUCUCCUGAAGUAUUCUAUCCCGGCUGGGAUGAGAGUGAAUCCCCACCAGCUGCUCAGCGUUCAGUAGGGGACAACGUGGUUGAAUCAAUGAUCCCUCCUCUUCUAGGUGAUGGUGAAGAGUCGGAUGUUCUUCCUCAGUCAACUCCGGCAUCGGUCCCUGCUUCGUUGGUCCGUACAAACCCAGAUUGCACUCAAGGACAGGCGCAAUCAACCCCAACACCAGCAGCUCCGCGUCGUGGCUUCCCUAAUCAAGCAAAUUCGAAUGAAACUGGCCCGCCAAGGGAUCGAGCUGAUAAAUCUAAAUCUAGUUUGGCCACUGCCUAUCAAUCAGUAAGCGAUAAGAAGUAUGAAAUGCUGAAGUCUGCUUUGAAGGACAAGAAAACCAACGAUGAUCGACGAUUCGAAUGGGAUAAAGAGCGAUACGAAAAAGAUCAAUCGGAGACAAAAUUGCAGCGCGAAUCUGAAGAAAAGAUGCAAGCGGCACGACUGGAAGCUGAAGAGAAGAAGCAAAACGCUCGAUUGGCCGCUGCUGAACGUUGGAUCUCACAGGGAAAGAGUGUUACCGAAAUAGAUAUUUUGCUCAAAGCUGUUUUCCCAUAG